CGUCAGUAUCUCGUGAACUUCCACGGUGUGUUAUUGUGCUUCUUUGUAAUAACCGUCUCGUGAUCCACCUUUUCUAUCCGCGAGAGAAAAACGACUCUCAGAUAACCGCAUCAGUUUCUCGAUUGUAUCACAAAGGAAACUCGCGUGCGCUAUUAGCGUUAUAUAAAUAAAAAACAGUGCCUUUAAAAGAGGAAGAAGAAGAAAGAGCGUGCGCAAUGGCGGACGACGGCCACGAGAACGGGACAAGCAACGGUGGUGAUGUGCCGGAGAUCGAGCUCAUCAUCAAGGCUUCGACGAUCGACGGGCGCAGAAAAGGUGCCUGCCUCUUCUGCCAGGAAUACUUCAUGGACUUGUACCUGUUGGCCGAACUGAAGACGAUCUCGCUGAAGGUGACGACGGUGGAUAUGCAGAAGCCACCGCCGGACUUCCGCACCAAUUUCCAAGCGACUCCGCCGCCGAUUCUCAUCGAUAACGGCGACGCUAUCUUGGAGAACGAGAAGAUCGAGAGACACAUCAUGAAAAACAUUCCGGGCGGGCACAACCUCUUCGUGCAGGACAAGGACGUCGACACUCUCGUUGAGAACCUUUUCAGUAAACUAAAGCUGCUGCUGCUGAAUGCAAAGGACAAGGACAAGGAUCCCAAGUCGUCAUCGCUGAUGGCGCAUCUGCGCAAAAUCGACGAGCACCUAGGCCGCAAGGGCACGCGCUUCCUCACCGGCGACACGAUGUGCUGCUUCGAUUGUGAGCUCAUGCCACGGCUGCAGCACAUUCGCGUGGCCGGCAAGUAUUUCGCCGACUUCGAGAUACCCGAGAGUAUGGUUCAUCUGUGGCGGUACAUGCAUCACAUGUACAGGCUCGACGCUUUCCUGCAGAGCUGUCCAGCCGAUCAGGACAUCAUCAAUCACUAUAAGCUCCAGCAGAGCAUGAAGAUGAAGAAGCACGAGGAAUUAGAAACACCGACUUUCACUACGAGCAUCCCCAUCGAGGUCAACGACGACUAAAAACCUUUGGACACAUCAUCGGGGCUGGGCCUUUCGUGUACCACGUUACUCUGUUGUUGUUGGCUUACGCGUGUUUGUACCAUAAUCAUAUCCCCUUAUAAACAUCUCUCGCCGACCACGCAACAAUGCGCCAAGACGAUCUUCACGAGUGAGCCGAGACAGAGACCGCUUUGCUCUUUUUUCAAUCUACAUUUUGUAAUUAUCGGCGCUAUAUAUAUACAAUGAAAAGUCGGAGAUGGUUGACGUUUUGAGCACAAUGAACUAUUUUUUCACCUUUUUGAUAAUCGCAAAAACAGCUGCUUCUUCGACUACAAGGCUUUGUUUAAAAAAAUUCACGACAGUAUCGAGCUUUAUCACACGAGCCGGUUGCGUAGAUUUUUUUCUUUUUAUCUUUUUCCUUUGUUUUCUCUUUCUUUUUUUUAUCUUUGCGAGGCAUAUUUGCACUGUAAUGGAAGGUUAACAAUUAAGAAAUCGAAACGCCAAAUGAUCGUGUUGAUCAUUUUUUAUUUUCUUUGUACGCUACGUACAUUGAAGCACAUGCGUGUUCUUAGAAUGUGAAACGCGAUAAAUUGUAUUUUUCUACAUAUUCAGUGCAAAACGCGUCCGUCCUUUUUGAAGCAACGACCGCUUUUGUGUGUAGAAAUAAAAAUAAAACAAGAAAAUAAAAUGCAUUUAAGCUGUACGCAUCGGAGGACACAGUGAUGCAUUUGUGCCGAUUGCCGAUGAGUCGUCGUCGUCGUGUGCUUUUUCACUUGGUAUAUUUUCGUGACAAUCGAGCGCCAAAUUUCUACCAAGCGCGCGCACGCACGUGAGCUUGCGCAAUCGCUAGUCUUCCGCCGAGACGUACAAAUUAUUUGCGAUGCAUAUACCUCUAGCGAAAAUCAAAUAAAGCAAAAUUCUUGCGGACGGCGUAAAUCAUUGGGCAAUUCGAUUUUUCCUGCUGUUCGUGAAUGCGAAAGACUUAUAAAGUUGUAUAUCCAAGUGUGCUAUCUAUACAUAUAUAAAUAUUAUAUAUACUUAUGAAACAAUUAAGUAGAUCUUAUGUACUUAUAUGCAAAUAUCCUUUGUAUGAAUAAAGUUUUCAAGAAAACAAAAUUGCAAUGGAAGUAUAGCUUCUUUUUUUAUCAAAAUUUAUUUGUAAAUAAUUAUGCAUUUUUACAUGCAGACGUGAGCUUGUAUUUUCUACAGUAACAUUUGUUGCGCGGAAUUUUGUACGACUUAGAAGACAAUGCCAACAAAAAAAAGCAACAUUAUGCAUUUUCAGACAAAUUAUUUAAGCUAGGAAUUCUACAAUGCGUUUUUCAAGGUAUUUUGAUUUUCUAUUGAGAGAAAAAAACUCCUUGUCCAAUAAUUUACAUCGUUUUUUGUUUGCGUACAUACAUCAAUAUAUAAAAACGCCAAUGCAUUGUACAUUCUUUUUUGAGUUAUGAUUUCUUAUCGAUUCGUCUACAGGCGAUUAACCUAAUGUCUAGGCAAAGACGGUGAACUUGAAAAAAGAACAUAUAUCGUUAUCACAAGAUUUCCGACUCGAACUAUAUUACGUAAGUGACCACUUUUCACGUUUUGUCGUAUAUUUACGAACGCGUCGACAACAAAAGCCGUGGCGAUUGAAAUAAAAGAAAUCGUAUUUAAAAAAAUCAAUAUUUUGAUAUAUGGUGUUUUUUUCAUGUUUCUGUUUUUCAAAUAUAUUUUUUUCGGCAUUUAAAAAGAAAGAACUCAUUUGUCAAAUGAGAAGCGGAUCGCUUUUUCUCGUAUUAUUAAUUAUAUUAAUAUUAUGAUUAUUGUAUUAUUGAAUAUUUGAUUUAUACUUGUAGAAAUCAAUAUACCAGUGUUUACAAUAUGUGUGGUGUUUUUCGUACUUCCUCGACAUACUUCCAAAAACACAAAAUUUUAUUGUAGCUAAAUUGUUAAAAUUGGUGUAACAAUAAAGAAAAAUAUAGUA